AAGUUAAUUCCCUCCUUGGAUGUCUUCUUGAUUCCCUCCGCGCUCUCUCUCUAUCUCUCUCUGGCGGUGUCAUGUCGGGGCUUCUUCACCCAUGGAAGAAGCUGAGAGAGCCCGCGACGCGCGCCGCCCGGCAUGCCGCCGCCCCCGCCGCCGCCGCGGCCCAGGGCCGCCCGAUAUGCACCCGCUCCGGCGCCCCCGUCCCGCAUCGCCGCCACCCCGGCUUCCCGCACCGGCAGGAGCGCCACAAGUGGGCCGGCGGUGCCGACGAGCUCCACACCGGCCGCAUCCGGGACGAGGCCAACUACCCCUGCUGCACCAAGCACAUGGAGGUCCUCUUCUCCAACCGCUCCCCGCCCUCCAUUGCCGGCGCCGGUGACCGUGGCGGCUGCCAGGCCGUCAACAUCUGCCCCAGCUGCAAGACCGCCUACUACUUCCGCCCCCACAAGCUCGUCUCCCUCCAGGGCAAGUUCGUCGAGAUCGAGGGUGUCCGCGGCCCCGACCUCGAGUGGGAGAGGGACGCCGGCGUCGGGGAGGACGAGAGGCAGGGGAAUCGCCUAAAGACCUCGUUCUGGGAGGCGCUGAGGUCGUGGUACGACGGGGAGCCGCCUGAGAACUGGCCGCCCAUGCCAGGACCGCCGGAGAGUAAUGGAUUGGCGGUGCACACGCCGCCAGGCCCACCAUUCCCGCCGGAUUUGAACGUGGUGAGGGUGGCCAGGCCCGGCGGGGGCGGGGGAGGAGCGGGGACUGGUGAUGGAAGUGGAUUCGCGGGGGAGGACGGGUGGGGCGGGGCGAAUUUGGGGAAGGAGUUGCCGACGCCCAAAGAGAUCUGCAAGGGGCUCGAUAAGUACGUGGUUGGGCAAGAUAACGCUAAAAAGGUGCUAUCUGUGGCUGUGUACAACCACUAUAAAAGAAUCUACCAUGCAUCUUUACAGAAAGUAUCUGGAGCUGAUUCAGGGAAUUUUGAGACUGAAAAUGAUGAUGAUAAUGUAGAGUUAGAGAAAAGCAAUGUGCUCUUGAUGGGCCUUACUGGCUCAGGAAAGACAUUACUUGCAAAAACAUUAGCUCGCUUUGUGAAUGUGCCGUUUGUUAUUGCAGAUGCAACAACACUGACACAGGCAGGCUAUGUUGGAGAGGAUGUUGAAUCAAUGUUAUACAAGUUGCUUACGGUUGCUGAGUUCAACGUGCAAGCAGCUCAACAGGGAAUGGUAUACAUUGAUGAAGUUGAUAAAAUAACUAAGAAGGCUGAGAGCCUAAAUAUUAGUAGAGAUGUAUCUGGUGAAGGUGUUCAGCAGGCAUUAUUGAAAAUGCUAGAAGGAACUAUAGUCAAUGUUCCAGAGAAGGGAGCUCGGAAGCACCCUCGUGGUGACAAUAUACAGAUAGACACAAAAGAUAUUCUUUUUAUAUGUGGCGGUGCUUUUGUUGAUUUGGAAAAGACAAUUUCUGAAAGACGACAAGAUUCUUCUAUAGGUUUUGGAGCACCAAUACGUGCAAACAUGAGAGCUAGUGGGUUAACAAAUGCUGCAGUGACGUCAUCCUUGUUGGAAUCAGUUGAAAGUAGUGAUUUUAUAGCAUAUGGCCUCAUUCCGGAAUUUGUUGGACGCUUUCCAGUACUGGUUAGUUUGUCAGCACUGAGCGAGGACCAACUUGUUCAGGUCUUGAUGGAGCCAAAGAAUGCUAUUGGUAAACAAUUCAAGAAAUUAUUUCGCAUGAACAACGUGACGCUACAUUUCACAGACACUGCACUAAGGCUGAUUGCUAAAAAAGCAUUGGCCAAGAAUACUGGUGCACGAGGUUUAAGAGCAAUAUUGGAAAAUAUUCUUACAGAUGCCAUGUAUGAGAUUCCAGAUGUAAAGACAGGCGAUGAGCAAAUAGAUGCAGUAGUGGUGGAUGAAGAGGCUGUUGGCUCUGUUGACAGACCAGGUAGUGGAGCUAAAAUUCUUCAUGGCGAUGGAGCUUUGGAACAGUACCUUAAAGAAAACAAGAUAAAGGAUCGGGUGGCAAUGGUUGAUGGGUCAGAGGGUGAACUGGAAGGGGGAUCUGAACUCUCAUCUAGAGCCAUGAGCAUGUAAUAUCUAGCAGACUACAUUUAUUGUAAAAUCUCCAUUUUUAUUGAUGUAAUUAUAAUCCUUGUAUAUGAAGUUUAUUUUUUAAUUAGAAAUACUUCAUGCUAAUUUAAGCAUCAGGACAUUGUCCAAGUCAUCAUAUUUCUGGCAUAUCGUACUGUGCAUGGCAGAUAAGAGAAUUAUAGUGCCCUAUUCUUCCAUUCUUUGUUGUCAAACUAGAGAUCGUAAGACAAUGUAGGUGAAGUUUAAUUA